UAAGCAGGAAGGUCUAUUUUACCGAAACAUUGUGGUGUAUGAUGGAUGACUAGGAAAGACAGAUCAUACACACGUGCAACCUAUGAAUAUGCGAAAAAGGAAAUGAUUGCCCGGCUUUACAAGUUGAUGCAAAUCUGUUGCUUAAGGUUUAUUUUAGCCGUGCAUUAAGGAAAAGGAUUUUUGCGAAAGCGUCACAGAAUUGCAUUCUAUAACCGGCAGGUGGCGCCGUGUCCGCCAGUGCCUAGGAAGGUGGCCAUUUUUGAAGAAACGCGCACGCGUUCUUUUUCAAACGGGAUGGAGCGUAACAGUUUCCUCACGCAGCCACUUCCGUAGGGUGAAUGUCGACAAGGAGCGUAAGAAGGGUGUCGGUUUCGAGGUAAAAGAAGUGAAACCUCAUUUUUUUGGCCUCUUCGUGGAUGUUUUUCAAGCAGCAACGGAAAGGCCACCUAAGUGUCUUUUCCACAGGUGCUGUUCUCACUGUCUGUCUGUUGAGGACAUCCCUCUGUAAAACGAGGACCAGGAAAGAAGUUCUGAGGAAGCAACACGGGCAGGCAGCAUGGGCACAGAGGCAGCCAGUACAGAGCGCUUCCUGCGCGAGUUUGUGGAAGAGUUUCCCGAACCACUCAGCCCAGAAGACCCGCUGCCCCUCACACCCACGAGUGGCCGGAUUGGUGUCGGCGAGGUGCGGGGCGAGAGCCUGGACUGGGCACAGCGACUGCUUGCUGCCAGGAAAGCCCCACCUCUGCUGACUGCCCUGCUUUGCCACACAGCUGUGACAGAGCUCCUGAAGAGCGACCUGACCUCCUGUCACUGCACCACGGACCCCGAGCAGGAGCCAAUCUUGCUCCAGUCCAGCUCUGUUCAGCGGAUUCUCUUCAGCAAGCUGUGGGAGGUUGUCUUCUCCUGGCAUCAGACCCCCCCCGCCCUGCCCUCAGGCCCCUCACGCUUCCUCCUCUGCUCCACACACGCCAUCCGCAACAUGCGCCGAAAGAUGGAGGACCGGCAUGUGGCCCUUUCAGAAUUCAACCAGAUGUUUGGAAUCCAGGAUGGGGUGGACCGCGGGUACUAUGCGGUUUUUGAUGGCCACGGUGGGGUUGAUGCCGCCACCUUUGCCGCCACCCACCUGCAUGUGCUGCUGGGCCAGCAUGAGGCGCUAGCAAGCAACCCCACUGAGGCCCUCAGGAACUCCUUCAGCUGCACAGAUGACAUGUUCAAGGAGAAAGCUACUAGAGAGCGCCUGCGCAGCGGCAGCACGGGUGUGGCAGUGCUCCUGGCGGGUGAUUGGCUGCACGUGGCCUGGCUAGGGGACUCCCAGGCUAUGCUGGUGCGGCAGGGUGACCCGGUCACGCUCAUGGACCCCCACAAGCCAGAGCGCGAGGAUGAGAAGCAAAGGAUCGAAGACCUGGGAGGAUGCAUCACUUUCAUGGGGUGCUGGAGAGUCAAUGGCACUUAUGCUGUUUCUCGGGCAAUUGGUGACUUUGAUCAGAAGCCGUACAUUUCCGGUGAUGCGGACUGCGCCUCGCUGCAGUUGGAUGGGCAGGAGGACUACGUGUUGCUGGCGUGCGACGGCUUCUUCGACACAGUACGGCCGGCUGAUGUGCCAGGGCUGGUGCACGAUGCGCUGUUGGAGGGUGCAGGUGAGGUCGAUGCCGUCGCCCAACAACUGGUGGCGCAGGCCAAGGCGGCAGGCUCCAGCGACAACAUCACCGUGCUGCUGGUGUUUUUGCGUGAGCCGGCGCUGCUGCUCCACGAGGCAGGACAUCCCCCCAGACCGGCAGCCAGGCUUCCCCCAGACGGCACCCCUGCUCACCGGCAGGACGCAGAGGGGGGCCCAGUGCUGCCCUGAGCCGGUAGCUCAGCUUUGCAGUGUGUCAAUCUGCUGGGUCCUUUCUUUCUUACACCUGUGCCAGUCAGUGAUCCACACGUGCCCUCAGCAGCGGCCGGCCGGCCGGCCGGCGAUCCACACGUGCCCUCAGCAGCGGCCGGCCGGCCGGCCGGCGAUCCACACGUGCCCUCAGCUUUCUGACUGCAUCGUGGACAUAAAUAGCGCCCUGCCAAACUCAGCCAAACAAGUUCUGCUCUAGCUGCCUGUCUUUUGUCAGAUGGUGCAUUAUUUGGGUCACUGUUACACUCAAAGGCCUGGUUUCACCCUCAUGUUCGGAUGCCUGUGUGUGUCUGUGUCUUCCUGAAAUCUGCUCCGUGUCGCCUUCAUACUUGAUACGUAUCUUAUCGUAUCGUGUUUACAUGUGUGUAUGUGUGUGUAUAUCCAGCAGUACGUGUGUGUGUGUUUGCAUCAUUGAUGUAUGUAGUCAUUCUUCUGUGCUGUGAAAAAGCUCCCUUCCCCAUCAAUACAGGACACAACAAACCAGCUGCAAAACAAAAUGAAUAUUUUGGCCAAGUUUUCAUGUCUGCUAUUGUUGUGCUCCCCAGUAUUGCCGGUUGGUUAGACUCACCAAAGACUGCUUUACUGCUGAGGAUAUGCCUUAUGACUGAGGCCCACAGGUAUCUUCAGCUGGGGCUUUGGGUAUUACUGUAUUACAAAUGUCAUUAAUAAUUUAAACCCUGCUGGCAAAUGGCUGUUAUAUGAUGUCACUGGGCUAUCAAUAGAAGACCAAAGCAUAUUGGAUAAAAGCUAAGAAGAACAGUGAGUGCUGGAGUCAAAUGACCCGCCUCAGAUUAUCAGACAGGCAGUCUCCUCCAAAUCUCCCCUGGCUUUUGGAUUGACUGUAAACGGCAGCCAAUCGCAGCAGCUAUUGGGAGAGAUUUGAUCAUGAGUGGAUAAGAGAUUGUACUGUUAAUGAAGGGCUGGUUAAUGGAUGGGACACCAGUUAAGAGUGAAAUUAAGAUUACUCAAAGAUGAAUCCAAUCUCCAGUAAGGGUGUAAUGUAUCUUGGGGGUUAGUUGCUUAGCGCAUAUGCGGCAAAAUAUUUUAUCUGUAAAUCCACACUGUAAAGCCUGCAAAUGAUUUAAUCUGACAAUGAACGUAACUCAUAUUUGACUUGACUUCCCCACAAUGCAGUAUGACUGCUGGGAAAUGUUAGAACAGUUUAUCGCAAACUCUGGCGCUUUCUCUUUGAGAUUAUCAAUAUCUGAUAACACUUUGUGUGUCUGUGUCUGUGGGGGUGUGUGUUUGCGACUCAAAUGCUGCAUCAUGAAACCUGAAGUCAGUUUUGUACCAAAGACAAACAUUUAGUUCAGCACACUACGCCACCAAGUUUUUGAAUUACUAAUCUGUUUUGCUGUGUGUAAAACUACUGGCUGCAGCGACAACAGUAUGUUUUUGCUUAAGCAGCAUUUGAAGACGUGAAUGAGCAGCCUAGCAGUGUUACACCGGGGUGUUCAAGCAUAGUUACAGCUGCCAGUAGUAGCGCUAUUCUGUUAAGCCAUUUAAUUGAUGACAUAAAUUGUCAGAUAUUCCAUAUCAAACAAUAAAAUGAGGUUUAGUAUUACAUGUGGUGCUAGUUUGAAAUGAAUUCUGGGGAGACAUACAACAAUCUCUGCAUAGUUUCAGAAAUGUUCUGGAAAGCAGCUUCUGCGUUCUCUGUUCAGGAUGACUGUUCAUCUUGCAGCAUGAAAGUCUUUUCUGAGUAGGUUGUGAAAUUUUGUAUUAUUCAGUAUUAAACUCUGCUAUUUGUCCUCGUGUUUUGUGUUCAGUAAAUUACAUGUAUUGUUCAUAUGGCUGUUUGUAAACUAGUUUUUAAAGCACUGUUUUUAAAUAGUGGGAGAGGUAACAUUUUUAUAUUGAAAUAUACAGUAUUUCUGCAGCUGAUUUUGUAUUUGGCCCUUAUACUUCAUUUAAACAAUUCAUGAUGGUAGAUGCCAUCUUAUAGAGAUUACUUUGUAAGUGCCUUACCCAGUUAAUACUUGUCAGUGUCACCAUGGCAUUUAGUGUAAGAGUAAGGAAACUGUGAAGGACAUUUUCACAAAUGUCACAUCAAAAAUCUGUUCAACUCUGCUGAGAUGAAUCAGACUUUAGGUUGACUUUUUGCUUUUCUUUGGAGUUGGGUUUCAAUAUUAAAUGUCUUAUACAGUGUUUAUUAGUUGUAAGUGCUGUAAUUGUAAGGUAAACAAGUCCCUAUGUAAGUAUGUGUGUUAUCCACUGUUGACUGUGUUGAUCAGUAUUUGUGGUACAUUCAGUAUUACUUUUAAGAGCAUUUAUGAAACUACUCUGCUGUCUACCCGCUACUGUAUGUUUAUUCUUAACACACAUAAUAAAACUUAAAAGUAAAACUAA